AUGUCGACACCUUCAACGAUCCAACCGGCCACAGACGCCGCCUCUCACCUCGACCUAGCCAUCACCCUCACACUCAACAAUUGGCCGGCGCUCUCACUAGCCGUGCAGUCAAACUGGGGCGGCCCGAACUCAAGCGAAAAGCGGGACUGGCUUUGCGGUGCAAUUUCCGACAUGCUGGCCGAUAGACCCGAGACCGACGCCGUGGACCUGGAGGAAGUACUUAUCCAAGUGAUGAACGACGAGUUCGACGUGGCGGUGGACGACGAGAGCGCUGCGGACGUUGCGGACCUGAUCAUGGAGCUUAAGGCGCAGACGGAUCGCGGAGAGUUCGGCACUAUCCAGCAGAUGUUGGAGAAAUUCCAGAAGAAGAGUCAGAAUCGCUCUGCUGCGGUUCAGUUCCAGAGGGUUGAGGCUGCGGAUGAGGAUCAGGAGACGGAUGAGAGUGAGGAAGGGGAUGUUGAGAUGGGUGAUGCACCGAACUUGGUGCGGGCUCCUAGGGAGCGGGCUGAGCCUGAGAUUGAUGAUGAUGGGUUUACGAAGGUUGUUGGAAAGAAGAGGUAG